AUGGCGACUCCUCGACCGCCUCGUUCCGCGCAGUCGUCCAGCUCAAGAAAACGUCCCCCACACAGCGGUUACCCACUUUCUACCGAUAAUAACGCUAGCUAUGGCCCAAUGAGUGGUGGUCGGGCCACAGAGACUGGCCCGGCCUCCGCCUCCGAGCCUACAGCCAGCGAGACCCGCUUCCAUUCCCCCGCCGAUAACGCAGCUGGCAAACCCUCAAAAUCCUCUAAAAAGAAGAAGAACCGUAACCGCAAACGUCGCAAUCGACAUCAGUCUUUUCUUACGCCUGAUCCGGAGGACCCUCAUGAUCUCUCUGAAGAUAACACGGGUGCUGGAGGUGUCAGAGAUUCAAUGGAGGCCGAUCGGCCACCCUCAAGGGACAACCCGUCGUACUUCACACUGGGGCGCAAUCUAAGUAAUACAAGCUUUGAGAGCGAUGCGUUACUGGAUCAUCGAGACCAACCUCUCAUGCGACCUCGCCGUGACAGUCGCCUCGCCUCGUCAUUCCGCCCGACCUCUCUCAUCUCCAACGCUUACCGGUCGAACGACGGACAGAAUGGCGGUACUCCUAGAGGAGGACGAGACCAGCAGCAUCACAAUGGCGAUAGCGAGGAAGAGGAGGCCAAUGAUCGCACACCGCUGAUGCGGCCGACAUUGGGCCAUACACCCAGUCAUACUCGGUAUGGGACAGACGCUCGCUCUAAUCUCUUCUCAUCUCGGCCUCGACGGCCCUCGGUUCAAACUGGUUCCUCUGGGUACUCACCAAAGGAUAAUCGCAGUCCGCUUUAUUCUCCUACUACAGACCGAGGUCACGAUGUCAACAACCCGCCCUCUGUGCCCGGGUCGCCAAAAUUGGGCCCGGAGAAAUAUGAGGACGCUAUGGUGACUGGUGCCGGUUGGGACUUCCCGCUAUCCCGGUCAAUGGAUACUCGCAAGGACUCCCUGAACGCUGUCAAUGAUGCGCUGAUUGACGUGGACGGAACUGGGGCGCAUCCCCAUUCUGCCCCAUCUACUACUCCUGGAUCGCCUUUGCUCUCCCCGCAACAAGAACUGCGGCGACGUCGCACCGUGGCAAUACCGGCAGAAGGCGACGUGUGCUUCCCUAAUGAAACCCCAUCCGAAAUGGGAGACGAGGGACCGAGGCAGAUGCGAGAUGAAGCCGGUGAACGUCGCCGACGUAGACAUCGGCGAUGGCCUGAUCUGUCAGCUCUGGAAGAAUGGAGCCGGGAGGAAAAAGAGGAGCGCAACGGAGAUUACCGCGUCAAAAAGAUCAGUGAACCUGUGCUCAUUGAAGGUCGAUUACGUCCUCAAUACAAAACUUGGCGGCGCGAAGAAGAAGAGGCACCUUAUCGAUUCACCUAUUUCAACGAGGAGUUCCCCAGCACAAUCCAUGCCCAGAGUAUUUCUGAGCUGGUACAGCCAGGAGGAAGCUUCCGCGAUUUGUUCAUACCGGACCCUCCCGAAUUGGAGGAUUCCUCAGACGAUGAGGAUGGUGAGGAGGAGGCGUUCAUGGAUAAUCCACCUUUCAACGCCUCAACCCAUCCCGCAAGCAAAUCAGUAUAUCACCCCGACAGCCAAGGCAUGCAGGCCAAUCCCAAUAUCGCUACACAACCCGUUAUUCCUCAUGGAAUGACUACGAACGACCUUAUCUCGCACACCAUUCCUCCUAUCAAAGGCGCGUCGCGUCUAUCUGCCAUCAGUGAAGGACGUCCAGAUUCUCAUCGGGAACCCUCGCCUUCACAUUCAAACACACCUCCAAACCAAACCCCACGAUCCAAGCCUAAAAGGUACGGUCCGCGGCCCACCUUCUGGCUUGACGUCCUUUCUCCGACAGAUGCAGAAAUGCGUGCCAUUUCCAAAACGUUCGGAAUUCAUGCGCUCACGGCAGAGGACAUCAUGAUGCAAGAAGCUCGAGAAAAGGUCGAGUUGUUCCGCAGCUACUAUUUUGUCAACUACCGCACUUUCGAGCAGGACAUCAAUAGCGAAAACUACCUCGAGCCAGUAAACAUGUAUGUGGUAGUUUUCCGCGAAGGCGUCAUAUCCUUCCACUUCUCGCAAACCCCUCACCCAGCUAACGUACGACGGCGUAUCCGCCAACUGAUGGAUUACCUGAUCUUGAGCUCGGACUGGAUCUCGUACGCCUUGAUUGAUGACAUUACCGACGUCUUCGGCCCGCUGAUUCAAGCGAUUGAAGACGAGGUCGACGAGAUUGAUGAGAUGAUCAUGCAGAUGCACUCCAGCAAGGAGGGGGCGCCUAAUGGCGAUGUGCCUCCCACAUUUGGCCCGGGAGAGAUGCUGCGGCGAGUGGGAGAAUGCCGCAAAAAGGUCAUGGGACUCUACCGACUGCUCAGCAACAAGGCCGACGUAGUCAAGGGUUUUGCCAAGCGUUGUAAUGAGCAGUGGGAGGUCGCACCCAAGUCAGAGAUUGGUCUGUAUCUGGGUGACAUUCAAGACCACAUUAUGACGAUGACGGGCAACUUGACGCACUAUGAAACAAUCCUGUCGCGUGCCCAUUCCAACUACCUCGCACAGAUCAACAUUCUCAUGAAUGAGCGCCAGGAACAUACUGCCGAUGUCCUGGGUAAGCUGACUGUUCUUGGUACAAUCGUACUACCGAUGAACAUUAUAUGCGGCAUGUGGGGGAUGAACGUCAAAGUACCUGGUCAAGAGGUCGAUAGCCUGACCUGGUUCUGGUGCAUCACCGCCGGACUGUUUGUAUUUGCCGCUGUCUCGGUUUUGAUUGCCAAGCGCGUCUACAAGAUUGUAUAG